GCGCCAAAAGCGGACCAAAAAAUUUAUUUAACAAUUAUCUCAAUAGUAAUAAUAAUAGUCAUAAUAACAAUCAUUGUUAUCGCAGUGUUUAUAAUCGCAUAGUUUUAUUAAUAUUUUAUUAUACUAUUUAUUGUUCAUUAUUUAUGACAACCGGAGUUCAUCCACAGCAACAACAACGACAACAUACUAGUAGUGGUGGUAGUGAUAGUUAUAACAACUAUUUUAAUCGUUUAAUCGGUGCCAACAACCACAACAACAACGAUGCCAGUAUCGUCGGCCCGGCCACCGGUCCGGUCGUUGGCCAACAACAACAGCCGAGGCCGGCAAACGACGAGUCCAAUCGAUGCUACGACGGCCGCAAUCGACCCCAACGUUGUGUACCCGAGUUUGUCAACGCCGCCUAUUUGGUACCGGUCGAGGCUACCAAUACGUGCGGCCAGUCGGGUAUUAUUGAAUACUGUGUACAAACGGGUGCUUCGGGUGCGUCGAAAAAGACGUGCGAACUGUGCGACGCUGCCAACCGAUCGUCGGCCCAUCCGGCCAAGUAUUUGACCGAUUAUAACAACAACAACGAACAAACCUAUUGGCAAAGUGAGACCAUGUUCGAGGGCAUACAGUUUCCCAAUCGGGUUAACCUAACAUUGCAUCUAGGAAAAGCAUUUGAAAUAACAUACGUUAGAUUGAAGUUUGCGUCGCCCCGUCCCGAAAGUUUUGCCAUCUAUAAGCGUACAACAGAGGACGGCCUAUGGCUACCGUUCCAGUACUACAGUGCCACUUGUCUACACAAAUACAAUGUUACCGAAUCGACUUACGCACCGCCGGUUAACGAAACCAAACCGUUGUGUACGAAAGAAUUUUCGGAUAUAUCGCCCCUAACCGGCGGUAAUGUUAUAUUUACAACACUGGAGGGCCGGCCCAGUGCUGUCAACUUUGAAGACCAUUUACUGUUGCAAGAGUUUGUGACGGCAACUGAUAUACGGAUAACAUUGGACCGAAUGAAUACGUUUGGCGACGAAAUUUUCGGUGACCCCCAAGUCCUUAAGUCAUACUAUUAUGCAAUUUCCGAUUUUUCAGUCGGCGGGAUAUGCAAAUGCAAUGGACACGCCAGCGAGUGUUUUAGUCCGCCCGGAGCCCAGCGGACAACUACCCAGCGACGGCUGAUAUGCCGGUGCGAACACAAUACGGCCGGACCCGACUGUAACGAGUGUCUACCGUUUUAUAAUGACCAGCCCUGGAGACGGGCCACCGCUAAAAAUGCUUAUGAAUGCAAACCAUGUAAUUGUAACGGAAGAUCCAAUCGAUGCACUUUUGACCGGGACUUAUGGCUAAAGACUGGUCACGGAGGUCACUGUCAGGACUGUGCCGAUUAUACGUCGGGUCCUAACUGUGAGAGGUGUCGGGAUAACUAUUAUACAGCAUUGGAUAACCGAUGUCAGCCAUGCAAUUGCGAUCCGAUCGGAUCCAUAAGCUUACAGUGCGUCGGCACCGGACAGUGUAUUUGUAAGCCAGGAGUCGAAGGUCAACGGUGUGACCGAUGUUCGCCCAAUUACUAUGACUUUACGAUGACCGGGUGCCGGUCGUGCGGGUGCAAUGUGGCCGGCAGUUGGAACAAUACGGCCUCAUGUGACCAGACAACCGGUGUCUGUCAUUGCAAACAGAAUGUCGAGGGCCAGCACUGCGACAAAUGUAAACCGGGUUUCUUUGACCUGCGAGUGGACAACGAGUUCGGUUGUUUGCCGUGUUUUUGUUACGGCCAUUCAUCGCAGUGUACGAGUGCACCCGGUUUUUCUAUGCAUACAAUCGAAUCGGUAUUCCAACGGGACAACGAACGUUGGACAGCUCGGGACAGGGGUGGCCGCGAAAUACCCCACCAGUACGAUGCGGUACAGAAAAAUAUCGGUGUAACGGCACUGUCGCGCGAACCGAUCUAUUUGGUGGCGCCCGACAAGUAUUUGGGUGACCAGCGGGCAUCCUAUAACCAGUUUCUUAGUUUUAGUUUGCGCAUCGGCCAGGAAGGCCCCCGUGCUACUGUCGAGGAUAUUGUAUUUGAGGGAUCGGGUCUAGUGGUGUCGCAGCCGAUUUUUGGCCAGGGAAACCCGUUACCGUCGACCCGAUUGCAGUCGUACAAAUUUCGCCUGCACGAAGACGUACGCUAUGGUUGGACACCGCGAUUGAGCACCAAAGACUUUAUCAGUGUACUGUCCAAUUUGACGGCAUUGAGGAUUCGGGUAACCUAUUUGUCGUCCGGAUCGGGUUCCUUGGACGAUGUCCGGCUCGAAUCGGCUCAACAGUUGCCCUACAACGAGCGGGCAUCGUGGAUCGAAAUGUGUACCUGUCCCGAAGGUUAUGUUGGCCAGUAUUGCGAGUCGUGCGCACCCGGCUAUCGUCACGAUCCGGCCGGCGGCGGCAGCUUUAGCCAGUGUGUACCGUGCAAUUGCAAUGGUCACGCCGAGUAUUGUGACCCGGACUCAGGUCGCUGUAUAUGCGAACAUAACACUGCUGGGGAUAACUGUGAAAUAUGUGCGUCCGGUUAUUACGGUACGGCACUAAAAGGUACUGACACUGACUGUCAAACCUGUCCCUGUCCUGAACAGGGACCCUGUGUUGUACUACCCGACGAAACAGUGGCCUGUCUACAGUGCCCGCAAGGCUACGGAGGACACCUGUGCGACCUAUGUGUCGAUGGAUACUCUGGUUAUGGUUCAUCAUCGGCAUCGUCAGCGUCGUGUUCGCCGUGCAAUUGUAACGGCAAUAUCGACCCGAACGCUGUCGGCAACUGUAACACCACUACCGGCGAGUGUCUAAAAUGUAUACACAAUACCCACGGCUUUCAAUGCGAAAACUGUUUGCCCGGUUUCUAUGGCAAUGCAUUGGCCCACCCGAAAGGCAACUGCAAGGCGUGCAGCUGUCAUCCGUUUGGUACGUACGCCGAGUCGGUAACCGAUGCCGCGCGUCCCUAUCGCCCGUCCUUUAGUCCCUAUACAUCAACAUCGUUGCAGUCGUCGUCGCCGUUAAUGUGCAAUCAGGUGAACGGUCAGUGCAAUUGUAAGCCCAAUGUUAUGGGCCGUCAGUGCAAUGUCUGUGUGGAAGGCUAUUGGGAUCUGAACUCUAACGAGGGCUGUCGGGCCUGCGAUUGCGAUCCAAUUGGUUCGUUCAAUCGUACCUGCGAUGACCUAACUGGCCAAUGUCACUGUAAACAGGGUAUUACCGGUAAACAGUGUAACGAAUGUUUGCCACUUAAUUUUGGAUUUUCGGCGAAAGGCUGUACCAAAUGUGACUGCGAUCCGAUCGGGUCUACAGGUUCACAGUGCGAUGCCAAUGGCCAGUGUCCGUGUCGUCCGAAUGUUGAAAGCCGACGCUGCGAACGUUGUCGUGAAAACAAAUACAACAAAGAGGCCGGUUGUCUGGACUGUCCGCCCUGUUAUCGGCUGGUCCAGGAAGCGGUCAACGAUCAUCGCUUGAAAUUGACUGAAUUGUCGCAAUUGCUCGACGAAAUUGAACGCAAUCCGCAAGUAGUGGACGACAUGAACUUUGAACGACAACUGUCCGAAGUCAACACCAAAGUCCAGUCACUGUUGGACGACGCCCGACGGGCACAGGGAUCCGAUGGGUCGCUGAUUGCACAGUUAGAGUCGCUGAAAGACCGAAUCAAACGAAUACAGGAAACAACUGGCCGUAUUGCUGGCCAAUCGGAUCAUAUUAGCCUAUCCACCAGUUAUGGACAGCUAAACAUAUCGUUGGCCGAACAGAUCAUUGAACGGGCAAACGAUGCCCUAUCGCAGGCCCGACGCCUACUCGAUUCGGACGGUAUGAGUGCACUCGAAAAAGCUCAGCAACGGUCCGAUCGGUUUGGCCAACAAUCGCAACGUAUGUCGGAAAUUGCACGCGAAUCGCGAACACUGGCCGAUAAACACGAGACCGAAGCCGCCGACAUUGAGCGAACAUCUCGCGAGGCAUUGAAUACUUCGGAUACGGCUUUCAGAUUGGCCAAAGAUGCCAUCGACACUCAGGAGGCCAAUCGUAAUGAGCUGAAGAAGAUUACCGAUCAACUGGAAGACACAACAGAUUUGUUGUUGCGAACCGAAAAGAUGUCCGAAGAGGCCAACAAAGGUGCGGCCAAAGCCCACGCCGAUGCACUGGCAAUGUAUACGGACGUCAAUGCUAUUGUUGUCCAAAGUUUUCCGUCGGAAAAAUAUCGAUUGGAUGCCAUCGAUAUCAUCGAACAGGCAAAACGUUUGGUCAAAGAUGCCGACGAUCUGCUCGAACGGCACGGAAAUACAUUGAAUAAUACAAAGUAUCAGCUGAAAGAUGCCAGAGAUCUGCUGGAAGAAGCUAUCAGACAACAACAGAUUACCGACGAACUGUUGGCCAAUACCGAUGCCGCUCUGGAAAAGGCUAAACAGGCCAUCGCUGGCGGCGAGAAGAUAUUGGAGGACGCGAAGAAUACGUUGGCCACACUCAAGGAGUUUGACGCCGUUGUCCAAGAGAGCAAAGGCAAAGCGGAAGAAGCGCUGAAAAAAGUACCCGAAAUUGAACGUCUGAUCACUGAUGCCGAGGGCAAGACAACCGACGCCGAACAGGCUUUAGAGGGCGCUCUGACCGAUGCCGUCGAGGCACGCGAUGUGGCCAAAGAGGCACAGCGUAUAGCGGAAAAAGCGUCGGUUGAUGCCGAUAGAAUUCGCGGGGAAGCCGGCCAUACCAGGACUCGGGCCGGAAAAUUGAAAGGACAAGCGGAAGAGUUGGCCGCCGAAGUGGACGAAACAUCCGAACGAAUGAAGGGCUACGAAGAUCAGGCAAAGACCGAUGAAGGACUGGCAAAAGAGGCGUUGGGCAAAGCAAAUCAAGCGAAAACAUCGGCUCAGGAUGCGGCCCGAAAAGUGGCCACUUCGGGCAAAACAGUUGACGACAUACUCGACCAAUUGGAGGGUUUGGAUGAUAUCGACGCCUCUUUGCUCGAAGAUCUCGAACGACGACUGGCCAGAGCCGAACAAGAGGUCAAAGACGCUGAUCUCGACAAUCGUAUGAACGAUCUGAAGACCGUUCGGGAAGAACAGAAUCGCUGGAUGAGAGACUACGACGAAGAGAUUCGCAAACUCAAGGAAGAUGUGGCCAAUAUUGCAACCAUUAGGACAUCGCUUCCCGACGGAUGCUUCCGAAGAGUUAAAUUAGAGCCUUAAGAAAAAAAAUAGUUUUUAACUGCAAAAGUGCUAAUAUUUUUUUUUGAUUAUUAUUAUUAUUA